UCAUCUCGGUCACGUGACUGCACUGUUUCCGCGAUUGUGAACUUUGACAGACGAAAGAAACGCAAGAGAAUAGAAACUGAUGGUAACACCGCUGGUUUGGGAUUAAUAUGCGCCCAUCUUCGUGUGACACCUUUGUGGCUCUGCCCCCAUCCACCGAGGGACAGCGCAUCAUUUUUGGGAAAAACUCUGACAGGCCUUGCGAUGAAGUCCAGGAGGUUGUGUAUUUUCCUGCCACAGACUAUGGUGCAGGGGAGAAGGUUGAGUGCACAUAUAUAGAGAUUGAGCAGGUCGCCCACACUUAUGCAGUUGUAUUGAGCAGACCAGCAUGGCUGUGGGGGGCAGAGAUGGGUGCAAAUGAGCAUCAAGUGUGCAUUGGAAAUGAAGCAGUGUGGGGCCGGCAGAGCACAGAUGGCGAGGAGGCUCUCCUCGGCAUGGAUCUCGUCAGGCUUGGACUUGAGAGAGCUGAUACAGCUGAGAAAGCAGUGACCGUUAUCACCGAGCUGCUGGAGAAGUACAGUCAGGGAGGAUCGUGCAUGGAGGAUGAAUGUAGCUUCACCUACCACAACAGCUUCCUCAUCUCAGACAGGAAGGAAGCAUGGCUCCUGGAAACAUCAGGAAAGUACUGGGCAGCAGAAAGAGUCGAAGGUGGCUAUCGCAACAUCUCAAACCAGUAUGGCAUCACCACUAAGAUAGACAAGGAGCAUCCUGAAAUGAGGGCGUAUGCCCAAAGUAAGGGCUGGUGGGAUGGGAAGACCGAGUUCAACUUUGCCACGGUCUACUCCUUUAUGACUACAGCCAGAAUAGAAGCCUCUGGGAGCCGUUACUGUGAGGGGAAGAAGUUGCUGGAAAAGAGCAACGGUCAUAUCACGGCGGAGGCAAUGAUGGAUAUCCUGAGGGAUAAAGAUAGUGGCAUCAACAUGGAGGGCAUGUUUAUGACCACAGGAAGUAUGGUGUCUGUGAUACCCACGGACCCUGAUCUGCCAGGGGUUCACUAUUUUACAGCAACUCCAGAUCCUGAAAGGUCUGUAUUCAAACCGUUCAUUUUCGUGAAAAAUCUUCAUCCGUUAAAGGAGACGUCUUCCCCGAGUUACGGCCCAGAUGACCCUGUGAAGAAGAAACCCCGCUUCCAGAGCAAGCCUGACCGCAAGCACGAGUUGUUUGUCAAACAUGAACUGGUGGCUGCCAUCAUUCAGUCCCACAAGGACAGAGGAAAGAAGAUCACAGAAGGUAUGAGGCAGCUGGAGAAGGAGAUGAUAAAAGAGAUGGAGGAACAUCUUUUACAUGGUGUUGAGAGCCCCGAUUUUCUGGUGAACUUGUUUUCAAGUUCUGUUCAGAGGGAGCUGUCUGUUUACAGCCAAAAAUGAGGCCAGAACCACAACGUAGUUCCACAUUUUGACACUAGCAGAGGGCAUUCUGCUUUUUACGUUUGAAUCAAGUACAAAAAGGCUUGUACAAUAAACCUGUAAAACAACAGGAUACUGUUCAAAACUAUUGCUUAGAAAGUUGAAGAGAGUGUAACGUUCUUAAAUCCCAUGACAUUAAAAUUUUGGCUCUUCCAUAACAAAUGCAUUACAUAAUGCAAGAAUGAAAUCUUUUGUAAUAAACUUUUGAUUUUAAACACGUUAUAAAUAUACAGCCAAAGUGUGAUGAUG